AUGACACUUGUUUUUCACAAAAGGCCGAUAUUGCUGAGUGCAAAAACGCUGCAGUCACUACUGGAUAAGUACAGUACUUACUCAGAUGAGAUAAAACCAUCAAGAACAGAUGAGGAAAGGUACGAAGAGUAUCUUAGUGCCGCAAAUUUGCUCUCUGGAAGCAUAGAGACAAUCAAAAUGAGCAGAAACGCUCUUCAGGCAUUGAUAGAUAAAUUGCAAAAAGAAUAUGAAGAAGCAAGAUCUAAGGGAAAUAAAAAAGACCUCACAAAUGAAGUUGAGGAGAUUGAAAAUGACACGCAAUUCAAUGAAAGGAUUGCAAAGGCAAACGAAAUGGUAUAUAUACUAAGUGCCAGAGUCACAGAAGCACGGAAUCACAUGGGAAAACUUGCAAGGAAGAUGGGAAUAACUCAUAGAGAGCCCACAAAACAAAAACCUGCAAGAAUAAAUGAAACUCACGCAGAUCAGCAGACCGCAACAGAGUCAACUGCGACUGAGGAAACCGAAGAAGGUUCUUCACAAAAUGACGCCAUUUGGCUCUCGGAAGACAAUUCAAAUUCGGAAAAAAGUAGAGAAGACGAUGAAGAUUUCAUAUGUCGUACUCUCAAACCAAGGCAACUAAGUUUGCCACGAUUCUACGGGGACGAAGAAGAGUUCCCUGAAUUUUGGGCAAUAUAUGAAACGCUCGUUGACCAAAGUAAGGUUUUAAGUACAGUCGAAAAAAUGCUGUUACUUAGAGAUAGCCUCAAAGGGAGAGCAGAAACAGCCAUAAAAGGCAUACAAUUGAUCCCACAAAAUUAUAAGUGGAUGAUUAAUGCUUUGAAAAAGAAAUACGGUAAUAAACCGACUAACAGAGCAAAAAUAGUGCAAAAAUUAAUUAAUUUGCCAGCAGCAAAGAAUGAUGCUGAUAGCUGUAUGAACACGUUCGACAAAAUUCGAAUGCUCAUGAAUCAAAUGGUCUCUGCAGGCCAAAAUAUACCACAAAUGCAAGAUGCGAUGUGGACAGAGAAAAUUUUGGAGAAAUUUCCUUACACUAUAGUGAAAAACGUUCUUGUUACAAUUCAAGAUCAAGAUGAAGUGAAAAUAGAAGAUGUAAUGGAUCAUCUUGAGAAGGAGAUUAAUGCAAAAAAGUUUGUAGACGCACGUUUAAAAGGUCGUGUAAAAUUUGAAAACCAUCCGAACCGAAGACAAUACGGUGUGGAUGUUACAGAACCCCCAAAAUUGGGAAAAAUUUGUCGUUUUUGUGACAACUCAAAUCAUAUAUCAGCGAACUGCCGAACAAUCACUGAUAUCAAAUCAAGGCGAAAUAUGGUGAAAGAAGCCAGACAAUGCUGGAAAUGUUUCUCAGAAGAACACAGCAGUUAUGACUGUCAGAAACCAAAUUGUCCUAAAUGUGGCAAAAUGCACGAUGUAAGCCUUUGCAUUUCCACUUCAAAUGAUGGUAACAGGACAAGAUAUAGCGCUGGUGACCGAUCGCGCAAUCAAAGCUCCUCCAAUACCGUACCAGUUCCAAGAAAUAACACUACUACUCGGAAUCAAUACGGCAAUGGCCGCAAUAAUGGUAACGUCCGCAACAAUCAGCAGACAAAUCCUCAUACAGCUGAUCACAGUACUAACCACUCAGCCGAAGGUUCCGUGUACAUUGACAAAAGAAAAGAGCAAGUAGUCCUGAUGACUGCCGAAGGAAAUGUUUGGAAUAAUAACACCAGACAAUUCGAAAAACUCCUGUUUUUCUUUGACACUGGAGCUCAAAAAACCAUCAUUAGAGAGCAGACCGCAAGGGAAUUUGGUCUUCCAACUCAGAAAACCGAAAUCUGCACAAUGUCAGGUAUAGGUGGACAUACCGAAAAAUAUCAAACAAACAUUGUCCCCCUCAAAAUCAGCAAUGCCUUUGGCAAGGAGAUCCAUAUGACGAUUCAAACCAAGCCAAUUAUCACUAAUGGCUUUUCGUCUGUACGUCUCAACGAUGCAGAUAAACAAUACCUCCAAGACAAUGAGAUUUGCAUAAACAAUCCGAGAGUUCGCGGUGAACAUCAAAACCCGCAAAUAUUAGUCGGUCUAGAUAACUAUUACGACCUCGUAAACACAGUUGACACUAUAACUUUGCCAUCUGGAUUACGCAUUGCGCGUACGGUAUUCGGACCAACGGUACACGGCAAAGGGUCAAUCAAUUCGCAGCAAGAAGCGACAACGAUAACACAUGGCCUCAGCCUCGUUCAAGAACAGAAUGAAUCAGAAAUUCUACAGAAGUUGUUCGAACUAGAUGGUUUAGGAAUAUCAUCAGAAGAAUGUACUAAGAACGAAAACACAUUCGAGUACUUCAAAAGCUAUUCGAAAUCAAUAUCGUUUGAAAACGGCGUUGUAACCGUACCCUUUCCCUUGAAAGAUAAUGUCAUCGACCUAACGGAUAAUUACGGAAUAGCGUACCGUCGAUUGAUUUCGUUACAAAGACAACUAUCAAAUAAUAUCCACCAACGUGAGUGGUAUAACAAAAUAAUGAACGAUUAUAUCCAAAACGGAGUUGUCGAAUUAGUCCACGGACAAAAUAAAAAUUCGGCCGGCACUUACUACAUGCCACAUUCCGGAGUUUGGAAGCCAGAAAAGGCAAAACCAUUGAGGAUAGUAUUUGAUGCUUCCUCUAAGAGAGUCGGACAGCUUUCGCUGAAUGAUGUGAUCUACACAGGAGAAUCCUUCGUGAACAAAAUUCAUGAUGUUCUAGUUGCAAGUAGAACCAGUGGAAUUAUUCUUUUAUGCGAUAUUGAAGCGGCUUUCACGCAAAUCAGACUAGUGGAAGAUCAUAAAGAUUUGUGUCGGUUUUUAUGGCUGAAAGACAUGAAUAAGCCUCCAAAUCGAGACAACAUAGCAGAAUACAGAUUCAAUCGUUUGCCCUUCGGUAACACCUCGGCACCAAGUAUUCUUAACAUGGCCAUUCUGGCAUAUUUAAAUCACAAGAAUACUCCGCUCUCACUGGAGAUUGCAAAAAAUAUUUAUGUGGACAAUAUUCUCUUAUGCGCCACCACCAAAGAGGAAGCACUAGAAAAAUAUACUGCUUCAAAGAAUAUUUUCCGUGAAAUCGGCAUGAAUUUACGAGAAUAUAUUUCAAACUCUGCUGAAGUUAACAGAGCUAUCCCAAAAGAGGAUAGAGCGCCCACAGACAACAUAAAACUUCUUGGCGUCAAAUAUGACACCAAAUCGGACGAAUUUGUGAUGAAAGUUACAAUUCCACAAAAAGAAAAACUAACCAAACGCGAUAUUGUAAGCCAAAUAAACUCGAUCUAUGAUCCCGUAGGCCUCGCAAGCCCACUGAUUAUCAAACUGAAGUCUCUAAUGAGAGAAAUUUAUGAUACAGGGAUAGAAUGGAAACAAUACGUUCCGCAAGCGCUGUGUAUUAAAUGGAAUUCUGUAAUACAAGAGAUAAACAAUGCAUGUAUAAGGGUCAGUCGACCAUUGCUACGUUCUCCCACGUCUCACACCUCAAGAAUUUCCUUAUGGGUGUUUUGUGACGCCAGCAAAAUGGCAAUAUCGACAUGCGCAUAUCUGAGGUGCGAAAACACUAAUGAGAUCACUUCAUUGAUUAGUGGAAAGAGCAAGCUAACACCAAAAAAGAUCCAGCAGACUAUACCACGCUUGGAAUUGUUGGCUAUCUUAAUAGGACUGCGAAUGGCGAAAACCAUUCUUGAUUCAAUAAACAUUGAAAUUAUUUCCGUAAAUGUCGCCAGUGAUAGCGAAAUAGCACUUCAGUGGAUUAGGUCUUCACGCAAACUUCCGAUAUUCGUGACUAAUCAGAAGGAUCGCAUUUUGAGAUUGAAGACUCAAAUCGAAGUCAAAUCCAUCCCAGUACAUCUAUUUCAUGUUCCAACACAUCAUAAUCCAGCAGACGUUGGAACUCGAGGCACAACGGCAAGCCUCAUCAGUGAUCAUGAUUGGGUGAGAGGACCCAGAUGGCUAGAGCACGACCAGCAAACUUGGCUUAUUCGAUCCAUAGAUAACCUCAGCUGUGAUCAGUUUUACGAAGAAAUAGAGGACAAUCAACAUGUGAAUGUUGAAACCACAAACGAGUCAGCGGAAUCAUCCCGUUUAAUAAUAGAUCUAGCUCGUUUCUCUCGCUACAAAACAGCUCUUCGAACAUUCUCAGUUGUUGGAAAAUUGCUGAGUAAAUGGGUGAAACGGUGCAAUUACACCAGGUCAACAUCGAUUACGCUAAACGUACUCUCCCUCUAUACAAAUGAAGAUGUCAUUGCUGCGGAGGAUAUGGAGAUCUCUGAGAAACUCAUCUUAGCAGCUAUUCACGAAAACAUCAACGUGCAAAAAUUGCAGAAACGAUUCCCAAAUCAGAAGAUUAUCAGAGACGAAAAAGGUAUCAUUCGAUACAAGUCACGCAUUCAGAACGCCAAUUUGCCAUAUGAUGCAAAAAUGCCAAUUUUCAUUCCGAAUUACUCGGAACUAGCCAGGCUAAUCAUUCAUGACCUGCAUUAUGGAAACGCACACUGCGGCAAAGAACAGACAUUAACGCUGGCAAGACAACGAUUUUGGAUUCCCCAGCCAUCUAGAAUGAUCAAGAAAUAUCUACGUACAUGCAAUACGUGUAAGAAAUGCCACGGAUUGCCAUAUGGAGCACAAGAGAUGCCACAGACAGAUUACCAACAGAUCGGGGCUGUGCACCUUGAAGUGGUCGAAAAUUUGUCAGCGGGUGCAUUUUUAAGCAGCUUCAUCCGUUUUAUAUCUCGAAGAGGUGUUCCAAAACUCAUCCGAACUGAUUGCGGAACGAAUUUUAAAUUGGGAUCAAAAGUGAUUGAAAAUUUGUUCCUAGAAAAUGAUGAAAAUGGUAGCUCCGUGAUGAGCUACAGUGCCUCAGAAGGCAUAAAGUGGAUUUUCAAUCCACCUGCUUCACCAUGGAUGGGAGGCGCAUGGGAAAGAAUGGUUGGCUCCGUGAAAAGAUGCUUUCAAAAAAGCAUUGGACGUAAAAAAUUGUCAUUUGAACAAAUGACUACAGUAAUUUCAAGAAUUGAAGCGAUAAUUAAUACUCGCCCGUUGACAAAAGUAAGUGCAACGGAUCUUGAUGAAAUACCGAUAAGACCUAUCGAUUUCCUACAAGGAAAUCUAAAGUACUCUAUUCCAAGCACGCAGUUACAGUGCGGUAAUGGCGAUACAGUAUAUGAUCCCGAGUUGCUUCAGACAGUUGCGCAAGCACAGGAAGCAUUAAUGUUUUCGGAAACGAUCGCUACAGUAUUUUGGGAGCGAUGGAACAAAGAGUAUCUUACAUCCUUGAGAGAUAACCAGAGAGUGCUACUAAAACAACCGCGGCAUGUGACAAAUACACCGCAAAUUGGAGAAAUUGUACUUAUUGAGCAAGAAUUUCUUCCACGUGGUAACUGGAUGUACGGCAAAGUACUAGAAACAGUACCAAGUGCAGAUGGUCUUGUAAGAUCAGCGAAACUCCUUACGCCAAACAAAAGAGUUAUCCAAAGACCACUCAACAAGUUGUAUCCCUUAGAAAUACGUAGUUCUGUGGGAGACUCACAUCUAGAACUCGAAAAAGACUCCACUUCUGAGCGGGAGAUACACCAGAAAGAAAGAGUAGAUUCAGCAGAAUCAUCUUCCCGCAGAACUCGUCCAACUAGACAAUCGAAAACACAUGCCUUAAAAGUCAUCCAAGAAUUUGAAAGAAGUCUUGACCGACCCUCUACUUCUUCAAGUAGACAGGUAUCCACAUAUCUGCUGAUGGCUAUGUUGGCAUUAUCAACUAUAUGUCCAGUGACAGCGACAGCACAUGAGAACAACUCAAUAAAGUGCAACGAAGGAAGAGUAGAAAUAGUGCCUCCUUCAUCAAGAUUUGAGCUUUGCAUCAACGCAAUGUGCAGAAUUAUGUCUAACGUAUCGAAAUCGUAUAUAUUUGAAUUGGAAAAAUCAUCAUUAGAUGAAAAUAGCACGAUUACGUUACGCUCUGAAUGUGAGAGCUCAGUGGUCUUCUCGACUAUGCAGUGCGAACCGCCAGACUUUUGCGAAAAAUCGGCCUUGCUGAUGAGCAAAGAUCUUAUAGGUAAUCCUCACUGUUGGCCACUUGGAGCCAUAAUCACCUUAACAGUGUUAGUUUACCUUUCGAUCAAUAGCAUCAUGUUGAUCAUAUGGUUAAUUAAAUGCACACGAAAUGCAAAACGGAAAGGAACUCCGAAUUCCACAUCCGAAGAAGAAACAAUUCCAAUGAGAACAUUCAAUCCACAUCCGAUCAAUAUACCGUCCGCCUUGUUGAUUUGUGUCGCACUCUUGGCACUAGCAAGCAAGGUAAUUACUUGCCAGCAUGGAUAUAUGAGGCAUAGUGUAGAGGUAGUCUGCGAAAAUCGCGGAAACUGCACUUAUAAUUACAACGAGGAAGUUCUAUUCAAUAGAAUCAACUCCAAUCUUUGUAUUCAGCUUAAUCAUGCUAACAAAACGAUCGGACUUAUAAAGAUACGUUCGAGACCAAUGAAACUGUCCUGUUCCAAAGUUUCAUUAUUCUUCACUAGAGAGACGAAACUCAAGAUCUACCACACAACGAGAUGCUCACAAAUGGGCUCUUGCACUCAGUCUAAGUGCAGUAGAAUUAGGCUGGACGAAGUAAUUCCUGAGUUCAAAAGAUCAUCUCCAUAUCCAGGAUACUCAAUUUGUGGUAGCACAUGCGGCGGUAUAGCAUGCGGUUGCUUCCUACCAUUUCCAGCAUGUACGUUUCUGAGGAUUGCUCAUGUUCCGAAGAAGACGCAGACUGUCUUUGAAGUAGUAAGUUGCAUGGAAUGGCAACCAGUAAUCCAAAUUGACGUCGAUUUCAUGCUUUAUAAUAAAGGAAAGCUGAAAUCUUUCAGUUUACAACCUUAUGUUACACAAAAGUAUGAUGAACUGUCGUUGACAGUCAUUUCUUUGCAAAAACCUCAUUCUCCAUUGAUGGACAAAAGAUUCGCUGUAACCCCAAUGAAGGCUAUGAUGCUACCAGAUCAUUAUCAACUUCCCGUUGAAUGCGAGUCAGAAGCAUCUGUUCUAGAUGCCUUUGUGAACUGCACAAAUCGCAUGAUCUGUUCUUGCGAAAAUAUGAAAGCACCGCAAACAAUCUUCUCCUCCCUCUAUGAAUUGACUCCUGUUGGCCAAUGGACAGAACUACAAUACCGCCUCUCUGAAAGUUACGUAGACAUGCUAGCAUUCGCAGUAGUUGGACCAAUCACACAGAUCCUUGUUGUGGAAGGACGUAAAAACUAUGUGCUGCAAUUUUCGGUACGCGAGUCUGAAGUAGUAGAUCGCCGUCGUUUAGCUGUCUGUGAACGACCUGGAGCUAUGGCGAGGGAUGAGGCAGGACGUCUCUUCGUAGCAAAUCGCUCAUCAGCUAGCAUCCAACUUGUCGACACAGUUCGAUGGACUUCUGCUCGUAAUGUCGCAUUAGCAGACUCAUUGGUACCACAUUUUUCAGCCUCAUGGGGCCUACUAGCAAUACCCCUCAAAGGUGCUAUUCGUCUACAGCGAUAUUCAUUUCGAUUCGGUUGUAAAUAG